AUGCCAUCAGCCGCCAGAACUCUCUCAAAGAGAGCCGUCGUUAUAGCCGCUACAACAACGGGCUUUACCACCUUCGCUCUUUGCAACAACCUGCGAGACCCUGGUGGAAAGGGCGGACAGAGGUCUUCCUUACUGGGCGCAACAGGAAAGGUUCCUGAGUGGGGCACUGAGCAAGUGAACUCUGUUCGGGCUGAUUGGGCAUGCAUCGGGGCAAAUCAGGAGUCUGAAGAUCGGAUGGUGAUUGUAAAGAAUGGCGAAGGAGUGGUGUAUGGAGUGUUUGAUGGUCAUUACGGGCCUCGGGCCUCUGAAUUCUGUCGAGCCAACACCCCAUCGCUCUUAGCACAAGCUUCUGAAGGGCUUACGGCGUCACAGAGCAUAGUGCGAAGACUGUUUCAGCUCUUUGAGAAUGGUUGGAUAGAUCAUUCAAGAAUUUUGAUUCGAAGGGGCGAUUGGUCAGCAUCUCUUGAGGGUUCCUGUGCACUUGUUGCACACGUGACGAGAGAAAAGGUUGUAGUUGGAAAUCUCGGCGACUGUAGGGCGAUCCUAAUCAGCGAGGGUGAGGAUGGGAAGCAUACUGCUAUCCAAGUCACCAGAGAGCACAAUGCAUCGAACGCUAUCGAACGUGAAAAGAUCUUGCGUGAGCAUCCUGACGAGGUGGAUGCUGUGCAAUUCGUACAAAAGUCGGGCUCUUGGUAUGUGAAGGGCACUCUGCAGGUAUCCAGGGCCAUUGGAGAUUUAUUCUUGAAGGAUUACGAAUUUAACAAAGCGCUCCCUGACCACGUACGCCCGUACGUUGGUGGAGAGUUGAAGUCUCCUCCAUACGUUUCUGUUUCGCCAGAUUUUUUUGAAAUUCCAAUCACGAAGAAAGAAAAGAUGCUUGUUUUGGCAUCUGACGGUCUCUGGGAUGAGUUGACCAAUGACGAAUGCGCGAAGAUCCUAGACAAGUGA